CUAUUGUAGAUCCGGCCUUAAGCGUCUCCGCAUCUAAUGACUCUCUAGUGUGCAGGAGGUAUAUUAUAUAUUUGUUGUUUCGGUAUCUGUGAGUUUUCAUAGUAAUUCACAGUGAUUCACAGUUUAAAGUGAAGUGGAAGAGUUUUUUGAGUUUAAGAGUUGAUUGUUCCAACUUCUUGGUAAAUUUACCUAUCAGUUAAAAUCUUUGUUUUUUCCUUCAACACUCGAAUAUAUAUUUUGUACGAGGUGCAAAAAUUUUUGAAGAUUUCAAGCCUUACAAAUAGAGAUCUUCAAAUUUAUUCAAAGAAGAAUUAUGGAUAUGCAAACAGUAAAUACUCGAAGAAAGAUAUUAAGUCAAGUAAUUUCGAGCAUUUUAGUAGAAAGUGGUUAUGAUACAUGUGAAAAACAAGUAUUGGAAACGUUCACAGAAAUGUUACAGGCAUUUAUUGUGGAGAUUGGCGCCUCAAGUAGAAAUUAUUGUGAACUUUCUGGGAGAACGGAGCCUCUCAUAGCGGAUGUUAUAUUGGCAUUGAUUAAUAUGGGGAUGAAAUUAGAUAAUCUAGAAAUUUAUGCAAAGCGACAAAAUAGAACAGUCUUGCCGAGUCUUCAACAACAAACACAAGCGAAACAAUUGAAUAUCUUACAGGCUGGAGUUAAGCAAAGCCAUCCGUCUCAUAUACCAAGUUAUUUACCAGCCUUUCCUGAUCCACAUGCGUAUAUCAGAACUCCAACACAUAAGCAACCAGUAACUGAAUACGAAGCAAUUAGAGAAAAAGUAGCAACGCAAAAACGAGAUAUCGAAAGAGCUUUAACAAGGUUUAUUGCCAAAACAGGAGAGACACAUAGUUUAUUUCUCACAGAAGAUAACAGCAUAUUUCCAUUAAUAUCUUGUAAACCACAAUUUCCCUGUUAUAUCUCUGCUCUUCUACCUCAAGACCAAAUAUUCGAGCCAGAGCCAGACUUUCAGUUUGACUCAAAUCCAGUAAAAAAGAAAAAAGAGAAACAAAGUGAAAAAACGGAAGAAAAUAAUGAAACACAAAAUGAAAAUAUGGAACAGAAUGGUGAAACAACUACUCAGCAAGAUAUUAUAGAUAAUCCAUAUUUAAGACCUGGAAAGAUUCCUAAAAAUAAAAUACCAAGUAUGACGAUAUCUGGUCAGCAUUCCGUUAAAAAAGAAGUAUUUGACUCUUAAAUAUCACAAUACAAUAAUAUUAAUUUACAAAAUAAGAUUAAAAAAUUUCUAUUCAUGAUGCUUAUAAAU